AAAUAGCAAAAUUGGUUAUAAUUACUUCUUCAUCUCUUCUAUCUCAAUGGCUAUUUUCUUUGAAUUACUACUACUUGGUGUAUUGUUGCCUAUCAUACACAAUGCAGGUGCACAAUCCAUAGGUGUUUGCAAUGGACGACUAGGCAACAAUUUGCCAUCGGAGCAGGAAACAGUGGACUUAUACAAAUCCAAUGGCAUCGGAAGGAUGCGAAUCUAUGACCCGAACCCGUUUACUCUGCAGGCCCUCAGAGGAUCCAACAUAGAACUCAUCCUCGAUGUCCCCAACUCAGGCCUUCAAGCGCUUGCAUCCGAUGCUUCAGCUGCAACUCAAUGGGUCCAGACGAAUGUAAAAGCUUACUCACCCGAUGUCAAGUUCCGAUACAUUUCUGUGGGAAAUGAAGUAGAUCCCAACAAUGGUAAUGCUCAGUAUGUCCAGUUUGUUCUUCCCGCCAUGAAAAACAUCCACAGCGCCAUUGUAGCAGUCGGACUACAAGAACAAAUCAAGGUUUCGACAGCAACGUACUCGGGACUUUUGGGCGCCUCUUACCCUCCAUCAAAUGGGGCAUUCCGAGACAAUGCAAGGUCGUUCAUGGAGCCAAUCAUCAGCUUCCUUGCUAGCAAUAAUGCCCCAUUACUUGCCAACAUAUACCCUUACUUUGCCUAUACUGGUGACACCCAAAACAUUCAGCUUCCUUAUGCCUUGUUUACUGCACCAGGAGUAGUUGUAACCGACGGUUCAUUAGGAUAUCAAAACCUUUUUGAUGCAUUGUUGGAUGCCCUGUACACUGCCGUUGAGAAGGUAGGUGGACAUAAUUUGGAGAUUGUGGUGUCGGAGAGUGGCUGGCCGUCCGGGGGUGGCAAUGCAGCAGCAACUGUGGACAAUGCAAGCACUUACUACAGAAAUUUGAUUAAUCAUGUCAAGGGUGGGACUCCAAAGAAGCCAGGCAGGGCUAUACAAACUUACUUGUUCGCCAUGUUUGACGAGAACCAAAAGACUGGGAAGCAGACGGAGAAACAUUUUGGCCUGUUCAGUCCUAAUAAGCAGCCUAAAUACCAUAUUGCUUUCAGUUACUGAUGCAUAUGAAAAAUGAAGGAAAUUUUAAAGUGGCGAGCUAAAUUAUAGAUAUAUACACAUGGAUAGAUAUAUACACAUGGCCGGAUUGAGCCUUAGGCGGUCACCGAAAGGCCCAGGACCCCAAAAUUUUAAAAUUUUCUUAUAUUAAGUUAUAGUAUAAUUAUUUCCUAAUAUUGUUAGACUUUAAUAAAUAUAAAAAUUUUAUAUUAGGCUUCAAACAUUUAUAUCUUAAAAUAACUUAUUUUAUCUCUUUUCUCCCUCUCUUCAUUCAUUUCGAUUUUAUAUUAGGCCUCAAAUAUUUAUAUCUUAAAAUAAUAUAUA